CACAACUCGAACGACACGGAGAAAACGCUGGCGUCUCUCCGUGACGAAACCCACCUCAUUGUGCGGAUCCGACCCGACCCGAGUGGUGGUGGUGGUGCGGGUGGAAUCGAUAGAAGUCGAAACGGAACCGGCAACGGUGCUGGCGAUAACGGUGGAGACAGCGAGGAGGACGACACUGAUGACAAUAUGAUUGAUGCUUCUGGUAGCGUCGGUAGUCGGGGGAGACGAGAUGCAGGCGGAUCAGGGUACCCGAGGCAAUUUUCACGUGACUGUAACUCGGAUGACAAUGAAAAGAGUGCAGGAAGUGGAAGCGAUGAGGACGACUCACUGCUGGUUGCGUAUGAUAGCAACUCGGUGGCAUCCGUUUGACAAUAUCGAAUGCUGGCACGGAUCGCGGCAGAGUUCCAGGCGGACAGUUCCGUGUUGUUGUUCUUGAUUAUAUUUAGUAUUGAGGUUUAUGCGCAGAUUUUUAUAUUUUUCUAGACUACGAUGAGUGUAUAGGUAAGACAUAUUGUUACACUUUGACGGAAAACGAGUUUCCUGUACAAAUUGCUUCCAACGUAAAUAGGACGAGCGGAUGAAAAGAGGUACGAAAAUGAGGCUUUGGA